AACCUGAUUACAACAUGAUAAGCUCUGAUUCUGUAUUAUUAUAAAACGGGUUAGAAAAGCCGUGAUAGUUUUCUAGACAGUGUGAUUGCAGCUGUUUCUUGGGAAGGCAGCAGCUUUUAAAUGCCAGGAAAGUGCCAUCACUCUGUACCUGGUCGUAAAGCAGAGACGCUAAUGGAAGACAGGGGAGAGAACAGGGAGCUCGGGUUGGACCAGUCUGACUCUUGCAGUGUUGUUGCCGUUGAUCCUGGCCAGAAACUCUCUCCACACAGCUCACCGAGAUGCUUUCGCAAGCAGGUCGUGAACAGGCAUCUCCGUCGAUACAGACGCUUCACUGUAGCAAACACCUGCUUUGAAGUGGAGAAUGGCCCGACGUGCUGCAGUCCUUCAGACCUGCAGGCGUCCCCGGGUCUGGUUCUACACCCCAACUUGGCGAGCCAUGGCCAGCGCCGAGAGUCCUUCCUGUACCGCUCUGACAGCGACUACGAACUGUCCCCAAAGUCCUUGUCUCGAAACUCUUCCAUUGUUGGAGAACUGCAUGGAGAGGACUUGAUUGUGACUCCAUUUGCCCAGGUUCUUGCAAGCCUUCGCACUGUCAGGAACAACUUCACCACCUUGACAAAUGUACAAUGUGCAUCCAAUAAGAGGUCUCCUGCUGCAAAUCAGCCUUCUGUGACCAAAGUCUGCCUGUCAGAUGAGUCCUACCAGAAGCUGGCUAUGGAGACCAUGGAGGAGCUGGACUGGUGUCUGGACCAGUUGGAGACCAUCCAGACCUACCGCUCUGUCAGUGACAUGGCCUCCAACAAGUUCAAGAGGAUGCUGAACCGGGAGCUAAGCCACCUGUCUGAGAUGAGUCGCUCAGGCAACCAAGUGUCAGAGUACAUCUCCAACACCUUCCUAGACAAGCAGAAUGAGUUGGAGCUUCCAUGUCCAGUUCCAAAGUCCAGGGAGAGGAAGAGGAGGCAGGGCCAGCAGCAGCAGCAGCAGCAGCAGCAGCAGCAGCAGCAGCAGCAGCAGGGUGGGAUGAUGACUCAGAUCAGCGGGGUGAGGAAGGUCAGCCACACGCCCAGCAUCUCUGGGAGCACAGGCAAUCGCUUCGGGGUCAAGACGGACCAGGAGGAGCUGCUGUCGAAGGACCUGGAAGACAUCAACAAAUGGGGACUGAAUAUCUUCAAAGUGGCUGAGCACACCCACAACCGACCGCUCACAUGUAUCAUGUACACCAUCUUUCAGGAGCGAGACCUGAUGAGGACGUUCAAGAUUCCAACUGACACCUUUGUGACGUUCAUGCUGACCCUGGAGGGCCACUAUCACUCCGACGUGGCCUACCACAACAGCCUGCACGCCGCCGACGUAGCCCAGUCCACACACAUCCUCCUGUCCACCCCCGCGCUGGAUGCGGUCUUCACUGAUCUCGAGAUCCUGGCAGCCAUUUUCGCUGCAGCCAUUCAUGACGUGGACCACCCAGGAGUGUCCAACCAGUUCCUCAUCAACACCAACUCGGAGCUGGCUCUGAUGUACAACGAUGAGUCAGUGCUGGAGAACCACCACCUGGCCGUGGGCUUCAAACUGCUGCAGGAAGACAACUGCGACAUCUUCCAAAACCUCUCCAAGAAGCAGAAGCAGACGCUGCGGAGAAUGGUCAUAGACAUGGUUUUGGCAACGGACAUGUCUAAGCACAUGAGCCUGUUGGCUGAUCUGAAGACGAUGGUGGAAACCAAGAAGGUGACCAGCUCUGGAGUCCUGCUGCUGGACAACUACACAGACAGGAUGCAGGUUCUGCGUAACAUGGUUCACUGUGCCGACCUGAGCAACCCCACCAAACCUCUGGAUCUGUACCGGCAGUGGACAGACAGGAUCAUGGAUGAGUUCUUCCACCAGGGAGACAGAGAGAGGGAGCGGGGGAUGGAGAUCAGCCCCAUGUGUGACAAACACACAGCGUCAGUGGAGAGAACACAGGUUGGCUUCAUCGACUACAUCGUCCACCCUCUGUGGGAGACGUGGGCCGACCUGGUCCACCCCGACGCCCAGGACAUCCUUGACACACUUGAGGACAACAGGAACUGGUACCAGAGCAUGAUCCCCCAAAGCCCCUCCCCUCCCUUCUACACCAGUGACGGAGAAGGAGGCCCACACGGGGAGUUGGAGGGGGGGCCUGUGGCGAGUAAAUUUCAGUUCGAACUGACUCUGGAUGACCAGGACAGAGAGGGUGGUGACGAGGAGAGCGGGAUGAUGGAGACAACUGACGGAUGCGACGCUGUGACACUCCAAAGCCACCCCUCUGAUGAAGACGGGGUAGAAAUGGCGACGCGCGACGUCUCCCCAGCGGAAACAUAGCUGAACUGAUGGUGUUCUUAGAGUGCAGCACGUUUUUGCUGUUUUUGGCUGAAUUCAUUUUAUUGCAGUGGAGCAAUCCUGCAAUCUGGCUCCUUUGGAGCUGCCUGGCUAAGAGGGCCUGACUAAAUGUGGGGCACCCCUGCAAACGAGGCUUGGAAACCCUGUGGCAGUUUGUUUUUGAGCUCUAGAAGGGAGCUGGAAGAGUGUGGCCUCUGUUCUUUAAAGAAGGGACUACUGUCAGACUGCACAGGCAGAGCUGCAUCUUGGUCCUCGCAGACAUAAAAGGUGAAGUGGACGAUAUGAAUCCGUGUACUGGGACAAGUAAAAAAAAAAAAAAAAAAAAAAUCCAAAACUUGCACUUCAGGACAUUUUUUAUGUUCAUUACGAUUCUUAGUAUUGUGUCAGGAUUGGAUGCCACCAGGUAAAGUGUCCAACCAAAACUACUGGUCAGCAAGUUAUUUGUAACCAAGUAGUUUUUUCUAACACUUGUCUAAAAAAAAAAAAAAAAAAAAAAGUUGUGUGCCUUUUUUUUUUUACAGCCGUGUCUUUUUUGUAAGUGUUUUUAUAAUUUAUUGAACACAUUCAUGUAGCUGUAAAAUGUGUCGAGUUUUCUACAGAGAGGACAUCUUUGUCUCACACAGUCUUCCUAAUGUUCUGGCAAUAGUAUAAGCUUGUUCUCACAAAAGCGUUCAGUGGAUGUAUUUCUAAAAAUCAGUUGACUUCCCAGCACAAUUUGCACUUUGUGGCAUACAGAAAGAGGAGUGUGUAAAGCAUCAGUAAUUUACAGACUUUAUUGAUUUAUCCAAAUAUUUUUUUCCAAUAAUUCAUUACAUAAGUAAUUAAAUAACUCAUCGAUCAGAUUCCUUGAAAGUGGGGAAAAAACAUUUUAUAUUUUUGAGUCCAAAAACAACCAAAAAAAAAACAAAACUCCAAAGAUCCUGUAAAGAAAGCACUUUGAUGAA